AUGAAAAAAAAAAUUCUUUUAAAUAGUGUGCGAAACAUAGAAAAGAGAUUUUUUUUUAGCAAACAUAAAACUGAACAAGUUAAUAAAAUAGUAUAUGACUAUUUUUAUACAGAUAUUAAAAUUUACAAUGUUAUUGAUGUCCCAGACAUAAAAAAAUUAAUAUUUCGAGGGGAAAAUAAUACUGCUACUAUUCCAACUGUUACUAGCCAUAAUGUUAAUGAUGAUAUUCUCAGCAAGAAUGAGGAUGGUACAUGUUCAAUAAACAGCGGUACCAAAUUAAUUGAAAAUAAUAUGAACAGCAAUGUAAAUAAUGAUAUAUUUAACGAGCAACUUAAACAUGUUAUUAGUAAUUAUCUUUGCAAUUAUAUAACUAGUAGUAAAUAUUUUAAUCAUUUGUGUGUUUUUUAUAUAUAUAAUAAUGAAAAAGAAAAAUUUUAUGAGUUAAUGAAAAAUUUUACCAAUUAUUGUUUUGGAUAUGAAGACUUAUUUAUUUUGUUUUAUUUAAUAUGUAAAAUAAAUUACAAGGAUAAUAACAUAAUUCGUUAUAUGUUAAAAGUGUUUGAAAUUUAUUAUUAUAAAAUUGACAAUACUUUUUCAUAUAAUAUAUCUAAUUUGUUAUUUUACCCUUAUAAUAAUUUAUAUACAGCUAUAAAUAAUUUGCCCUUAUUUUAUAAAAUCAAAUUAAUUAAUCUUGAUAAGUGUUACUAUGAAAAAAUAAAUAAAAUGAAAGGAACCUCGAUGGAAAAACUUGUGAAUUUUAGUCAAGAAAAUUGUACUGUUGAUAGAUUAGUAAAAAGGGGUAACACAAAUGAAGAAACCGAAAAUGGUUGUGAUAUAGACAAAAAUGAGAAUUAUGAAUUUUCCGAAAAUAAUGAAAAUAAUGAAAAUUUGAUUUUUAAUAAAAUAGAUGAAAGCACGCCAGGAAACGUUUUAGAAAAUUUACAAGAGGUAGAUAUGGAAGCAUAUGAAAAACGAAUAUCAAAAGAUAGUAUAAAAUUUAUAAAUUUAAAUAUAAAAAAAGAAAAAAAAAAUAUAAAAACGAAAGAAAUAAAAUAUGAAGGACUCAAAUUAAAAAGUGCAUUGAUCACACAAAUAAAAACCCAAGUAGAAAGAAAAGAAAUUAGUCCAUUUGAAGCUAAGGAAAUAUUAUCCAUUUUUAUUAAUGAUAAUAAAUUAGCUGAAAAAAAUUAUUAUAUGAUGGAUUUUAUUAAUAGUAUUGUGAAUUAUUUUAUUGAAAAUAAUAAAGAUAUUUUACAUAACAACUUAUUGAUUUUUCUCGUAUUUUUAGACAAUAUAAAAUAUUAUAGUAACAAAAAAUUAAACAAUAAAAUAGAAGAAUUGUUACAGAAAUAUAUACCAAGUAUGUCAAAUAUAAAUGUGAAAUAUAUAGAUGAUUUUGUAAAUGAACAAGUUAUAAUGUCUAGUUAUAAAAAUGGAGAAAAUGAAACAAUAUCAAAUGAAAAUAGAUCCAUUUUGAACUUAUUAUAUAAUCAAGAAUAUACAUAUAACUUUUCUUUAUAUGAUGAGAAUAAAUUUUACGAAAAUAAAAGCCAACAUAUAAUGAACAAAAUUUUAAAAAAUUAUUUUUUUCUCAUAUGUUAUAUUUUAAAUUUACCCUUGAAAUAUCAUAUUUUUAAAUCGUAUAUAAAUUUAUUUGACACACUUUUGGAUAUAUUUAAAGAUCAUCGAAAUAUUUAUUAUUCCUUCAAUAUUUGUGACAUUUCCCUUAUAUGUACAUUUUUUUUAAAAAAGAAAAUAAUAGACGAUAAAAUAGUUAAUAAAUUAUUUAAUAUUUUAAAUUACAAAAUUGAUGAGUUAUUAUUAAAUACAUCAAAUCAAGAUAUCAGCUCAAAUUCAAAUAUGUCUAAUAAUGAAAAAUUAAAACUUAUUACUAAAAAAAAUGAAUAUCCUAUACCAUUAAAUGAUAUUAUUAUUUUUCUUCAUUUUAUUAAUUUUUAUAAUUUAAAAUAUGAUAAAUUAUGUAAACAGCUAAUUAUGAUAUGUUUUAACAAAUAUCAUCAUUUAAAUGAUACACAACAAUUUAUUUUUUUUAAUAGUAUUGAAGCAAUGAAAAAAAAAAAUAUAAUGAGUGAUUUAAAAUAUAUAUUGGACUAUUUUAUGUAUGACAAAAAUAUGGAGUUUUUUUUAAACAGGAAUAAAAAUAUUCAAAAAGAAUCCUUAGGACUUUUAUUUGCUAAUUAA